AUGUUUAAUGAAGUGUGCAAAUCAAUUAAUUUGGUCGAUAAAUCUUUUGAUGAUGAUCUGAACAACUUGGGAGGAGAUGUUUCUUGGAAUAUGUUAAAUACGUAUUGCAAUGGUAGUAACUGUAGUAAUUAUGAAGAAAAGAUUAUCUCUGGUUUUAUAAUAUUACUAAAUACGCUUGAUGGUGAACAUUUAGAAAGUGAUAAAAUUGUUGAAUACGCUAUUUUAUGGUUAAGUUAUAAACUAAAUCAAAAAAAAGAAAACAGAACCACCAAAUUAUACGAUUUUUAUAAUAAUAAUAUAAAAACAAAUAGUUUUUAUAAUGAGCAUAUAGGUACUGAUAGUAAUCGUGAGAUUAAAAAAGAUGUUGUAUGUAAUAAAAUAAAAUCGAUUAAUAUCGAUAUUAAAGAUAUAUCUAAUUUUUAUGAUGCAUUUAAAUCAUUAUGUAACAUGUAUAGUGAAAUUGGUGCAGAAGACUACGAAUGCAUGCCAUGUUUAGAAAAUGCUGGAGAAUUGUUUGAAAAAUAUGAAAAACUUAAAAAUGCUUUAUAUAUUAAUAAAGGAAGUUCUUAUUUACAACUAUUGUCUAGUUUAUCAAAUGAUUAUAAAAAUUUUGAAAAUAUAUAUAGUGCUGCAUGUAUUAAUUCCUCAUCACUUGUAGCUUGUCCACGAAGUUCAGUAACAAAAAAUAUACUAAUUACAAUUGCAAUUAUAUUUGUUGCAGCAUCAAUUUUAUUGGGAGUUUCUUAUAAGUAUUCGUUAUUUGGUUUUCGGAAACGAUCUCAAAAACAACAUUUAAGAGAAAUGCUAAAAAAAUAA